CAUCUGUCGUCGUCUUCUACUUGGGAUUUCUGGUUUACACAGGCAGUUUUAUUCAGACAGUCGAGAGGUCUUGUGUGUUGGCGGUAGCGACGAGAUAGCGACGUUGACAACGUAUAUAUCGACGACCUGUGAAUUUUUAUUAACUGCCGUCGUGGUUUCGAGGUUUAUUCGUUUCGAUAACAGUUACCAAUUGGAAUUAAUACCGUUAUCAAUGGUGGUUUUAUUGAUGUGACGUUAUAACUUUACGGGUUUAUCUACCUUAAUUUAUAUGAAGUAUACAACAACUCAGUGUUUUAUGGAAAAAAUGUUGUAGGAAAAAAUAAUUUUUUGAAAUCAAUAAAUUUUGUGUGACUUGUGAGAGCAAAUUGGAUAAGAAAAAAUACCUAAUUGUUUAGUGAUUUUGUUGUUAUCAGCUUGUCAUUGCUGAUAAGGUAGUGUGUUUUUUGAGUGAAUUAACUUGGAUUUACAGAAUACAGAGUGGAUAAUUUCGUCAAAAUUGUGGAAGCAAUUAAAAUGAAGACUGAGCUGCGAUCGUGCGCAGCGUGUGGAGAGCCAAUCUCGGAUAGAUAUUUUCUCGAGGUUGGCGGAUGCUCCUGGCAUGGGUCCUGCUUACGAUGUUGUGUCUGCCUAUCGCCUCUGGAUCGACAGCAAUCUUGUUUCAUUCGCGAAAGACAAGUGUAUUGCAAAACAGACUAUGGAAAAAAUUUCGGAGCGAAAUGUUCAAAAUGUUGUCGAGGCAUUUCGGCGUCGGAUUGGGUGCGUCGAGCUAGAGAUUUGGUAUUUCACUUGGCUUGUUUCGCGUGCGAUUCAUGCGGACGACAGUUGUCGACUGGAGAGCAGUUUGCCUUGAUGGAAGACCGAGUGUUAUGCAAAGCACACUAUCUGGAGACUGUAGAGGGCGGAACAACGUCUAGCGAUGAUGGUUGCGAUGGUGAUGGUUAUCACAAAAGCAAAACGAAACGAGUUCGAACAACAUUUACCGAAGAACAGUUACAAGUUCUACAGGCAAAUUUUCAAAUCGAUAGCAAUCCCGAUGGUCAGGAUUUAGAAAGGAUAGCGUCGGUGACGGGACUAAGUAAACGAGUGACACAAGUUUGGUUUCAAAAUUCAAGAGCAAGACAGAAAAAACAUAUUCAUGCUGGUAAGAAUAAAAUGCGUGAACCAGAGGGAAAUUCAUUUGCUCGACAUAUCAAUCUACAGCUUACGUAUUCGUUUCAGAACAAUGGUCAGAAUCCGAUGCAGUUAAAUGCGAACAAGUCUUCGCUCUACCCCGCCCACGAAUCCUCUAUGGAUGAGCUAUCGCAAGAUUCCUCAAUGCAUUGCAUGCAAAGUGAAGUGUAAGACGUCCAAUAUAAUCUACACACAAUUGAGACUUCAAAAUUCGUAUCGUGUCGUAUCCUAGUCAAAAUUAUGGACCUUAUGUAUAUAAAUUCUUUUACAUAACCAUAUAUAAAUA